AUGUCGUUUCUGAUCAAGAGAGGGCUACUGACCACGUGCAUGCGUCUAGCACGCACCAAAAAGCUUGCAUUCACCAACCUCAACGCAGUGAAACUACGCACCCCCAUCACACCAACGGUCUCCAACUUUGACGUCUCCCCGGACCACCCGCUCUGGCAGUUUUUCCCCCACGGCGCAUCCACCGAGACAGCAUUACGAGAGUCAGAAGAGUUGGACAUGGAGUCGAGGGAAUGGACAAGCGCAGAACUUCGACUCAAGUCGUUUGAAGACUUGCACCAGUUGUGGUACAUCAUCCUCAAGGAACGAAACAUUCUCGCGAGGGAGGUGCGUUUGGGCCAGUCUGUCAAUAUGGGAGACGCAAGGAGGUGGGACGACUUGGACGCCAAGCUCGUGAAGUCGCAAAAGAGAAUCAAGCAAGUCUUGUUGGAGCGCCAUAUUGCAUUCGAGAGAGCGCAAGCCACACCCGAGGUUGAUGAGGAACGCACACAGUAUCUCGACGAGUUCAAACAGCGCUACUUGUCGGGGGAAGCCGACGAAGACAAGUUUGAUAGGUUGUGCUAUGCGUUUUUCGGAAUUGAACCGGUGUUGAAUGUCGAUACGUUGGCCAACGACAUUGAUGUCAAUUUCGUCAAGGGCGUGGAGUUCCAAGCGGACUUGAAAGCUGCAAAGUAUGUGCAGCUGAACCCGGGCAGCGAGUUGUCGUUGCCCUUGAAUGGGCCCAUGGAACAGUUGCCAUUUUUGCUCUAUGACGUAGAAGAUGCUGCUAAACAGGUCUUGGACAUGAGAUCGGCCGGUGUGUCACGUGAGCUAUUCAAGAUCGAAGUUAUCCCUUUCUUGAACAGCGCCAUUAGCAAACACUUGGAAGGAGAAGCUGACAACCAAGGGCUAGUAUAG